UCCUCCUUUGCACAUGAAUUAGCCUGUGCAUUAAUACAUGAAGAGACUGCUUCCAGUCUUAUUCAUCGAUUGCAAGUUUGAUAUCAGGGAACUUCGACAUUUAUUAUGGAGGCGACUAUUACAAGCAUCCGCUUGGAAAUUUUCAAAUUAAUUUGAAGCAUUCAGUACCACGCCACACAUGGCUUGCUUUAGGAAUUUCACUCGUCUUUCAAAGGCUCGUGAACCUGGCUUGGAAAUGUAAAACCAUCAGAGUUUGAAGUACAUGAAAUGUUUGUCUUCCAUUAUCAAUUGUUGUUAACCUUCACAUAGCAUUCCAUGGCAUAUCAGAAUCUCUAGCUCUUGAAUACAUUGAGAGACAGAGACAGAAAAUUUUAUUAUUACUAUGACCAUAUGUCCACAUAUCAUAUGUAAUAGUCGUUGUUCCCUAUAUUUUUUCUCUCAGAAAGCUGUCCUAUAAUAUUCACAUGUACGAUUAUAAUAAUGACAACAUGCAUACAUAGCAUAUGGUCAAGAAUAAUGCAAGAAACUGCCUUAAAUAUUCUUCGAAGGAAUCUUCAUUGAAUGCCUGACCUCGAAAGAGAUAACUAGCUCCCAGGUCUCAGACUUUUUUAAUUAUAGUGAUCAGUGAUCACAGCUGAUCAUUAUUCCUUAAUCUACCCAAUUUCCAUGGCUUCACAACUCAAUCAACUUCACUUUGUUUUGAUACCUUUAAUGUCUCCUGGCCACCUUAUACCCAUGAUAGAUAUGGCCAAACUUUUGGCAAAUCAUGGCCUGAUUGUAACUGUUGUAACUACACCUCUCAAUGCCGUCAAGUUCACCUCAACAAUUGAACGUUCUAAUGAAUCUGGUAUUAAGAUCCACAUUCUUCAACUCCAAUUUCCUGCACUAGAAGCUGGUUUGCCAGAGGGAUGCGAAAGUAUGGACAAGCUUCCCUCUAGGAACCUGAUCAGGAACUUUUUCAAUGCUGCCAGUAUGCUUCAGCAGCAAUUUGAGCAGGUGUUUGAAACUUUACAGCCCCGUGCAAGUUGUUUAAUAUCCGGCAAGAACCUUCCCUGGACGGUGGAAACUGCCCGGAAGUUUGGGAUUCCAAGAAUCUUUUUCGAUGGAAUGGGGUGUUUUGCUUUCUCCUGUACACACAAACUGGAAGUUUCCAAGGUGCAUAAAAGUGUUUCCAAGUUUGAGGCCUUUGUGGUACCUGACCUGCCUCAUCGAAUCGAAUUGACCAGAGCCAAGCUACCUGAAUUACUCAAUCCUGGCUCCAACGACUUAACAGAUGUUCGAGACAAUAUUAGAGCAUCUGAAGUCAUAGCGGAUGGGAUUGUGGUUAAUACUUUCGAAGAGCUGGAAGCUGAAUAUGUCAAAGAGUAUAAAAGGGUUAAAGGAGACAACGUUUGGUGUAUAGGUCCAGUUUCAGCUUGUAACAAGCUGAAAUUGGACAAAGCUGAGAGAGGUGACAAGGCCUCAAUAGAUAACACCGAGCUCUCGAAGUGGCUUGACUUGUGGGAGCCUGGAUCCGUAAUCUAUGCUUGUCUUGGUAGCAUUUGUGGCCUCGCAUCCUGGCAACUCGCAGAACUUGGUUUAGGCUUGGAAUCAUCAAACCAGCCGUUCAUUUGGGUCAUAAGAGAUGGUGAAAAAUCAGAAGGGCUAGAGAAGUGGAUUUUAGAGGAAGGGUUUCAAGAAAGGAUCAAAGAGAGAGGACUUCUGAUCAGAGGCUGGUCUCCUCAAUUGUUAAUAUUGUCUCAUCCGGCUAUAGGAGCUUUCUUGACACACUGUGGUUGGAAUUCAACACUUGAAGGCGUCUCCGCCGGCUUACCAAUAGUUGCUUGCCCGUUGUUCGCGGAGCAAUUCUUCAAUGAAAAAUUGGUGGUGGAAGUGCUGGGAAUUGGGGUGAGUGUAGGAGUUGAGGCUGCAGUUACAUGGGGAUUAGAAGACAAGUUUGGAGUAGUGAUGAAGAGAGAUGAAGUAAAGAAGGCAAUUGGGAUAGUAAUGGAUAAAGGGAAAGAGGGAGAAGAGAGAAGGAAAAGAGCAAGAGAGCUUGGAGAAACUGCUAAAAGGACAAUUGAAGAAGGAGGAUCUUCUUACAUGAACAUGGAAAUGUUGAUCCGAUAUGUAUCAGGAAGAGGUCCCUCCAGAGCCUAUUGCCAUUGUUCUUCCUGACAUAGAAUCAAUAAAUGGAACUUUUUUGUUUCAUUUCAAAACAACAAUUAAAAGAAAAACCAAUAUCUUGGUUCCUUGUGGCAUGCAUGUGCAAGUUGGGAAUUGGGUUUUCUAUCUUCAAAUGUGAACUCAGCUCUUGAUAUUUAAUCUUAAAACAGUCAAUCAACUUUCUCCAGGUGAA